UUUAGAUUUCCAAAAGAACAUGACAGGUUUUUCAUUUUAUUUUAUAACAGUAUUUUUAGUUUUUCUAAUUACGUUAUAUUUUUUUACAUAAAUUUAUAAUGUUUAAUACAUUGUAAUAACAGAUGGUUGCAAUGGGUACAAGCAAGUGGAAGACUAGAUUUAAAAGAAAAAGGACUUGAAUAUUCGUAUAGAAAUUGCCGAUUAUGCUCUUUGCAUUUUGAGGAGAAAUGGUUUAGGAUUAAUAAAAGAAGAAUUCUUCUUCAUCCUGAUGCCAUACCCACAAGAUUUGGAGAAGAUUUAGCAUCAUGUUUUAAAACAAUUGAAAUAGAAAUGGAUGCAGAAGCAGAAAAGGACACAAUAACGGAAGAUAUACAAGAGCAAGCAAAUUCUGUUAUAGAAAAAGAAAAAGGAAACAACAUAGAAGAGGAAAUUGAAAUGGAUACUGACAACAUAGAAGAGGAAAUUACAAUGGAUGUUGAAAUUAUGAAACCAAGCACAUCCAGUAUACCUGUCAAAACAAUGAUAUCGAAAGCAACGAUGACAUCCAAGAAAAAGGACAGCCCUACAAAGAAACGGUUGUGCAAAACCAUAGAGAAAAUGAGAUUAAAAAACAAAGAUCUCCAGCAAAAACUGCGACGUCUUCGAAAGAAAGUGGAAAAAAGUAUCACCACUAAAGAAUCACCACAUGGAGAAGAUAAGGUACAAAAGAAUAAAGAAUUAGAAACUUUAAGAACAUUAGGAAAUAAGUGGUUACCGGACAAAUUUAGUAUGUUACUGUCAGUACAAGUAGACGCGCAAACAAGAGACAAACGUGGCAUACGAUACAAUAAUGAUUUUAAAAAAUUUGCUUUAUCAAUGUACUUUUUAAGUCCGCGAAAUUAUAAAGAAUUAAGAAAAAUCUUUACAUUACCUUCCGUGCGUACUUUACAAUCUUUCACAUAUAAUUGGAAUAUUCUUCCUGGUCUUAAUAUAAAAGUCUUUGAGGCUUUAAAAAUAAAAUUAAAUUCAUUAUCACUUAUCGAGCGACAUUGUGUACUGUGCAUAGAUGAAAUGAGUUUAAAAUCUCAUUUAUUUUACGAUGUUUCACGAGACGAAAUAAUAGGAUUCCAAGAUGUUGGUGAUAAUAAAUUACCAAUAUCUGCAAAGAAUGCAUUUGUUAUUAUGGCACGAAGUAUAGCAGGCAACUGGAAAGUUCCACUUUGUUAUUGUUUUGUAGCGACUACUUGUACAAGCGAUACAAUAAAAACUAUUAUUUUUGAUGCAAUAAGAAAAUUAAAAGAAUGUGGUGCUACUGUGCAUGCGUUAAUUACGGACAUGGGUUCCAACUUUUUGCAAUUAUCUCGCGAAUUAGGGAUAUCAACUAAAAAUUCAAUGUUUGUUGUUGAUGAACAAAAUAUAUUAUAUAUUUUUGAUACUCCCCAUUUAAUCAAAGCAACGCGUAAUAAUUUAUUAAAGUAUAAUUUAAAAUUUAAUGAUAAAUUUUGCAUCAUGGUCUUAUAUUGUUCAAUUUUAUUCAAAAGAUACUAAACAAUGGAUUAAGGCAGCUCCUAAAUUAUCUCCCAUUCAUAUUGAACCCAAUAAUUUUUCGAAAAUGAAAGUUAAGUACGCCGUACAAGUUUUAAGUAAUCAUGUAGCUGCCGGU